AUGCCUGGCACGAAGAGAACGGCUCUGGGUCGACCUUCCUUGGGGGGGAGCUCGAAUGCAAGCAAAAGUGGGAAGAACCCCAAGCGAGCGAAGUCGGACGCCAGUCUGGGAAGUGAGAUGAUCGUGAGCGACAUUUCACCAAAUGCUGAGUUGGCAAACCAGGUGGGGUCACGGAGCAGCCUGCUGCGUGUGGGAGCCAACUACUAUUCGGACGCCGACAACACAUGUCACUCGCAGGAGACUGUUUUGGAAUUCCUGCGGUUCGUCGAGGAGAAGUUUCCACCUGAGGUGGGUGUGAAUCUUGGCCCCAGGACUUUCUGUGUUCGAGACAUACUGCCAGACCGUGGAUCGUGCAGGUCCCACAUGUCUGAGGCCCUGGCAGCUGCCCUGGUCUCCGAAUGCAGGCUUCAAGGGGUACGUGGAGCCCGUGCCCGGGACGGGGCCUGGCAAAGCCUUACAAUCAUGCAUUUGGCUGAGGACUCCCUCUAUCAGCUCCUGGAACUCGUGUACAUCAACGGGCCAGCAUCGAUGCAUUUAAUUUGGGAUUUGCUUUAUGGAUUGGAUGGAGGAGUGGAGGCGUUGACCAUCGCGCCACAACGACAAGACAGCGGUCUGAAGAAUCAGUUCGUAAUCGCGUCGGAUGAGAUUUCAAGCUCGGCUGCGGGCCUCCUGGACCCUCAGAAAAUCAUUUGUGCAAAGGGAUGGACGCGAUCCGUGUGUGGCAUUCUCAUGCUCCUGCUUUGCUUCCAAGACAGCGAGACGUUUGCCACUGUGCACUGCGUGGUGAUGCCCGGGAAUUUGGACCCGGGCAGCCUCAUCCUGAAGAACCGCAGUGCCACGGCAGUUAACGAAAUGUGUGUGACCAUGGCUUCGGCGAUAAGGAAGAAGCCAAACUGCUUCAAUUUGGUUCACCAGAUCGUGCUGGUCAAGAAAAUGAAGUGCGAGGACGUUGGGUCGUUGGAGGCGUGGGAGCAUGCGGCCAAAGAAGCGGAGGCGUACAGAAUUGGAAGUCUUGAAAGCAAAGCCGCCCUGCAGCUGUUGACCGCCGUGGAUGGCCCAGUCUUCGAGAAGCUGAGCGACAUGGUGAGGACCUACGGGAUGAACAAGAUACUCAAUCAUGAGCCCAUCGCUGACGGCCUUUUCAACAGAGAUUACUGCGCGGCCAGCGGGCAGUUGAAGCCAUGGGCUGAUAUCUUGAGCAAUACACCGCAGUCCCUGGAGCUCACGCUGCACCGCAUGGAGGAAGACUACAAGAACCUGCACGUGAAGAUGCGCAAACCCUUUGCCUCAAAGGACGUGGAACCUCAGCGGCUACAUAGUACAAAAAGCUCAUCCUAG